ACCACUUAGAUAUAAAUCAAGAUGGAUUUAUAAUAUCUGUAUAUUAAUUUUAAAUUAGAAAGUUCACGUGGCAGUCGCUACCAAUUAUUUGUUUCAUAAGCUAAUCUACCAGAGUCAUCGUCGUCACACAAGUCUAAACCGAAAAACAAGGGCUCUUUCUCCGACACGACAACAAAUCCAACAUCGGAGCUAAGGGGGGAAUUCGUGAGAAAAGGAAAGAAUUUUGGGUUGAAAAAUGUCGAACAUAGACAUAGAAGGUAUAUUGAAGGAGCUGCCUAAUGAUGGGAGGAUCCCAAAGACGAAGAUUGUUUGCACUUUAGGACCAGCUUCUCGAACUGUUGCUAUGAUCGAAAAGCUUUUGAGAGCCGGCAUGAACGUGGCUCGCUUCAACUUCUCACAUGGAAGCCAUGAAUAUCAUCAGGAUACACUCAACAACCUCCGCACCGCUAUGCAAAAUACUGGCAUUCUCGCUGCUGUCAUGCUUGAUACAAAGGGGCCUGAGAUUCGUACUGGUUUCUUGAAAGAUGGGAACCCUAUACAACUGAAGGAAGGUCAGGAGAUCACUAUAACCACUGAUUAUGACAUCAAAGGAGAUGAGACAACGAUUUCCAUGAGCUAUAAAAAGCUUCCGUUGGAUGUGAAGCCCGGAAACACCAUACUCUGUGCAGAUGGAAGCAUAAGUCUAGCUGUCGUGUCAUGUGAUCCCGAGUCUGGAACAGUUAGGUGCCGGUGUGAAAACACGGCCAUGCUUGGCGAAAGAAAGAACGUGAAUCUUCCCGGUGUUGUUGUCGAUCUUCCCACUUUGACAGACAAGGAUAUUGAAGAUAUUCUCGGUUGGGGUGUUCCCAACAGCAUCGAUAUGAUUGCGCUUUCGUUUGUCCGUAAAGGUUCGGAUCUUGUUAAUGUCCGAAGGGUUCUUGGGUCUCAUGCUAAAAGCAUAAUGUUGAUGUCAAAGGUUGAGAACCAGGAAGGAGUGGUUAACUUUGAUGAGAUAUUGCGCGAGACAGAUGCGUUCAUGGUUGCUCGUGGUGAUCUCGGUAUGGAGAUUCCGAUAGAGAAGAUUUUCUUGGCUCAAAAGUUGAUGAUCUACAAGUGUAACCUUGCGGGUAAACCAGUGGUCACAGCCACUCAGAUGCUGGAGUCAAUGAUCAAAUCACCAAGGCCAACCCGUGCUGAAGCCACGGAUGUUGCAAAUGCUGUUCUUGAUGGCACAGACUGUGUGAUGCUUAGCGGCGAGAGUGCUGCAGGAGCUUAUCCGGAGAUAGCUGUGAAAGUUAUGGCUAAGAUCUGCAUUGAAGCCGAAAGCUCACUUGAUUACAACACAAUUUUCAAAGAGAUGAUCCGAGCAACUCCUCUUCCAAUGAGCCCACUGGAGAGUCUUGCAUCAUCCGCUGUACGGACUGCCAACAAAGCGCAUGCGAAACUCAUCAUUGUGUUGACUCGUGGAGGUUCAACAGCUUCGCUUGUUGCUAAAUACAGACCGGCUGUUCCGAUUCUGUCAGUGGUUGUUCCAGUUAUGACCACCGAUUCCUUUGACUGGACUUGUAGUGACGAGUCACCUGCAAGGCACAGUCUGAUAUACAGAGGUUUAAUCCCCAUGUUAGCUGAAGGAUCCGCGAAGGCAACAGAUAGCGAGUCCACGGAAGUUAUCAUUGAAGCCGCUUUGAAGUCGGCUACACUGAGAGGACUGUGCAACCAAGGUGAUGCAGUCGUGGCUCUGCACCGUAUUGGAGCUGCCUCGGUCAUUAAGAUCUGUGUGGUGAAGUAAGAUUUCAAACUUUUUUCAAAAUCUCAAAUCUUGGCUCCUGGUGAUUGUUGGUAGCCUGAGAAUUAGCGUCGUCGUAUGAAAUAAAGAAAACAGUGUAAUGUUAAAACAUCUCACUCCUCUUUUUUUUUUUUUUUUUCCUAUCGAAUAUUUCAAGAUUGUGUCAUAAUCUGCCUUUUUUUAUGGCCCAGUGCCGACUUUUGAUGUAACACCACAGUUUCUAUUCAUAAGCUUUGCUUAUAAAAGAUUAAAUAUCUUUUGAUCAAA